UCUAGAUCUCCCGAAAUUUUUGUCUCAUAGUUGAAGGCCAGUAGCUAUGACAAGAAAGAGCAGGGGACGCCAAAAGAUAGAGAUGGCAAAAAUGUCAAAAGAAAGCAAUCUCCUUGUUACCUUCUCAAAACGACGCUCUGGUCUCUUUAAAAAGGCCAGUGAACUUAGUACACUUUGCGGUGCUGAAAUUGCUAUAAUCGUGUUUUCUCCGGGCAAAAAGGUAUUCUCUUUUGGCCACCCGUGUGUCGAGUCCAUUGUGGAUCGUUACAUGAUGAGAAACAGUACACCGAGUUCCAGCAUGAUGCAACUUAUGGAGGCUCACCGGAAUGCUAGUGUCCAGGAACUCAACAUGCAACUGACCAACAUUCUCAGCCAGUUGGAAUCAGAGAAAAAGUGCAGCGAAGAGUUAACCAGGAUUAGGAAAGCCAGUCAAGGGACGUGCUGGUGGGAGGCGCCAUUUAAUGAGCUUCGCUUGGAAGAGCUCGAGCAACUGAAGGGGGCAAUGGAGGAGCUCAAGAAGAAUGUGGCUAAUCAGGUGGAGAGGCUCAUUGUGGAGGCAUCGAACUCUUUGCAGCCUGUUCUUGGGGCAUCGAGUUCUAGAGGAAAUGUUGGGGUUGAUGUUGAUGUUAAGAUUCCUGGCCUUGGAUUUUCGAUGACUCCUCAUGGAUAUUCAUUUGGAUAUGGUCGUCCAUUCUUUUAA